CCUGAACCCCAUACCUCCACCCCAUAUACCCGAGCAUACCCAACACACUCCCCAUCCCAACACCACCCACCACACCCCUCCACCCCAAUCCUAACCCGCUCCCCUUACUCGCAGCGACCAGUCCCCCAGCUACCAUCCCCCCAUACGUCCAAUCGUCACACUCCACCUGCCCCUCAUUCUCCAGUAGCCGCCAACUCCUAUCCCGCCACUCGAUCUCCUCUUUCCCGCGCAUCUGCAGUGGUAGACCGACGCAGAGGAGACCGAAGGCUGUGAGUGCGCCGGUGGAGGUGGAGCGGAGGAGGGUGGGGAGGAGUGUGGUGGGUCUUGGGAGGGUGGUUGAGAGGGAAGGAGGCGGGGGAGGGACGGUGCGAGGUUUGGAAGGGAGGAUGUUGAAUUUGCGGAGGGUGAAGAUGCUGCUUCCUAGGCCGAGGCCGAUGAGGGAUCCGGUUUGGAAGGCGCGCGUGAGGACGUGGGUUGCUAGGAUGGCGUGGUGGUAGGGUUGGUCUUCGGCGUAGGGGGUAUGGGGCCAGAGGCGGGACAUGAUUGUGCUUGUGGUGAUGGCGAUUAUGGGAGAUUGAUGCUGCGAUUGUGAUACUGGUAUGGAGGGUGGUCAUGCAGGUAAGGUAGGUUGUGCGUAGUGAAGCUGUGGAAGUAGACUCGAGAGCUUGUUUGUUGCACGGAUUUCAGAAUUGUUGAUUGUGGGAGUAAGGAAUAGGUGUAGCAAAGGGGGCGGGCUGAGGCUGAAGACCUUCUUGUAUUAGAAUCUGGUGAGGGGUUCUUUUAGUAGCUUCAAAUCUCAAAGCUUCAAAGCGUCCAGCUUACUGACGAGAGCGGAGAUACAGACUGUCCGAAUGCGACCCGGGAAGGUAUCGCAUCUUCAGCGAACUAAUACAUCCAAUCGAGUGGAGUUCCACAAAUUGAACGCCAGACCUGUGCUGUGCUGUGCUGUUGGAUGCAUGCAUUAGUGAUGCUCGUGGCUGGUGCCCACGAUGUGGAUGUUUGGUUUGGACUACGGCCGAGAAGUGAGAAGCCAGGAAGCCAUGCUUUCCACGCUAAGAUUCCAAGUCUGCAGUACAAUACGCGAGUGCGAGACAACGACACUGAUAACAAUAAAACGCAUACUCGUACAGUACAUGCCUAGGUCCAUGGGCAUCUUUUGAUUCUUUCUGGAAUGCGGCUUCGGAAUGUAUUUUCUCGUUCGGCGACUUAUCUGCAGGGCAUCAUCAGGCCAGGCUUCUUGAUAUAAUAUCCCCAGCGACUUCUUCCAUGAUCCAUCCUUGCUAGCCAUGCGCAGUCACUACUGUAUAAGUAUCAGGACGUUUAUGGGCCAAUUAAUGAGCUGCCCACAGCAUCCGCGCUGGCCGGAGCCGGGGUGUGGAGAUCCGCGGCCAGCAAGCACUGCACCGCACCCCUCUCUUCACCCCGCAUUGCCGCUAUCGCCGACCAGAGCUCCCGUCUUCACUGCAGUUCAAGCCAAUAAGGACAGAAGGCAAGAUACCGAAUAAGUACAUCAUGGCAGCUUGUUCAGUUUCUCUCUCCCACUCUCGUCUCUUGACAUUAUUUUCUUUCGCCCCCAACCGCUCUCCCCUCAGUCCAUUCAAUUGCAAACAUGAGUUCCUCCGCAGUCCCCAGAAAGCUCUGGGAGCAUCCCAACCCCCAAAGUACGGAGAUGUACCGGUUCAUGCAAGAAAUAAACCAAAAAUAUAAUUUAAAUCUUAAGACAUUCUGGGAGUUAUACCAAUACUCUAUCAACAACCGAGCACAGUUCUGGGAUCAAGCCUUCCACUUCCUCGAAAUAAUACACCAUGGCACCUACGACACGGUAGUCGACGAGUCUGCACGAAUCGACGCUGUCCCUAUAUGGUUCAAGGGUGUACAUCUGAAUUUUGCUGAGAAUCUGCUCUAUUCGAGAGAACCUGGUGCGCUGCCUUCAAAGCGGGGUAAAGCUGGCAAGGAAGACAAUAAAGUGGCUGUGACGGAAGUCAGGGAGGGAUAUACGGAGGUUCGGGAUGUUACGUGGGGACAAUUGAGGAGGGAGGUGGCGGAGCUGGCUGAUGCUAUGAAAGCACAUGGGGUGAAGAAGGGAGAUAGGGUGGUGGUUGUGGCGAGCAACUCAGUGGAUACCUUGAAGGUAUUCUUUGCUGUUACGACGCUUGGUGGCCUUUUCAGCAGCAGCUCGACAGACAUGGGGGUCCAGGGUGUUUUACAAAGGGCUUUGCAGGUUGCCCCUAAGUACAUCUUCAUGGAUGACUUCGCCAUAUACAAUGGUAAGAAGGUGGAUCUUCGGGACAAGAUGAAGCACAUUGUAGAAGGAAUGAAAGACAUCACCGAGUUCCAAGGGAUGGUUUCAAUGCCUCGCUUCAAGGAUCCAGUCGAUAUCAGCCAAGUUCCCAGAACAGAGACUCUCGCAUCAUUCGUAUCAAAAGCAACUGGUACUGCUCCGGAUUUCGAGCCCACAGCAUUCAAUGAUCCCUUCUUCAUCGCUUACUCCUCAGGAACAACUGGAAAUCCAAAAUGCAUUGUCCACUCCGUCGGUGGCUGCAUCCUCUCUUCUGCUAAAGAAGGAAAGCUGCACAGCCAACUCACCCCAAAUAGCGUCGUCCUACAAUACACCACAACAGGGUGGAUCAUGUAUUUCAGCUCGGUGAUGAAUCUCCUUGCUGGUGCGCGUGUGAUCUUGUACGACGGGAGUCCGUUCCAGCCUGAUCUGAAAACUUUCGUGAGGAUGAUUGGCGAGCAGAAGGUUACAAAGUUGGGGACAAGUCCGAGAUGGAUGCAUGAGAUGCAGAAGAAUAAGAUCUCGCCGAGGGAGGUGACUGAUCUAAGUGCGUUAGAAAUGGUGACGAGCACGGGGAUGGUGUUGAGUGAUCAGUUGUUUGAGUGGUUUUAUGACGUGGGGUUUCCUGCUCAUGUUCAACUAGGGAAUAUAUCUGGUGGUACAGACUUGGCGGGUUGCUUUGGCAUGGAAAACCCUCUCACGCCCGUCUACGUAGGAGGCACCCAAGGCCCCAGCCUCGGCACUCCCGUCUCAGUCUACGAUUCUCUCAAUCCCGGGGGCCGCGGUGUCCCAGGCUCCCCGGUUCCCCACGGCACCCCCGGCGAACUUGUCGCCCCAUCCGCCUUCCCUAACAUGCCUGUCUACCUCUGGAACGACCCAUCCGGCUCCCGGUACUUCAGCGCCUACUUCGAAAAAUACGACAACGUGUGGACGCACGGAGAUUUCGUUAUGUUUCAUCCUAUUACGAAAAAUCUUAUGUUUCUUGGGCGUGCGGAUGGAGUGUUGAAUCCGAGUGGUGUGCGGUUUGGGAGCGCAGAGAUUUAUUCGGUUAUUGAGGAAGGGUUCCCAGCGGUGGCGGACAGUAUCUGUGUGGGGCAGAGGAGGCCGAGCGAUAGUGAUGAGAGUGUGAUGUUGUUUUUGAUGAUGAAGCCGGGGGAGAAGCUCACGAGUGGGCUUGUGAACAAUGUCAAGACCGCCAUCAGAAAGGCGUUGAGUGCGAGGCAUGUGCCGAAAUAUGUUUUUGAGACGCCGGAUAUUCCUACGACGGUGAAUCUGAAGAAGGUCGAACUUCCUGUGAAGCAAAUAGUUUCUGGUCAGAUAAUCAAACCAAGCGGGACGCUGUUGAACCCCAAAUCGUUGGAUUAUUACUAUCAAUUUGCGAAAGUGGAGGAGUUGGUUGAGCCGAAGAGUAAACUGUAGGAUAUAAUAGACAGGCAUGGUAUGCGCAACAAUCUCCAUCUCUGUCCCUUUAACAUGGGAGGGGGGGUCAGACAGACAAUCGCUUAAGCCCCAUUUUCCUUAACUUGCUUAUCCUCGAUAUAUUUAUCUUCACG